GCCCCGAGCCCCAGGUGCUGCCAUCGGCGGACGGCGGCUCCGCGGCUCCCGGCUGUUUCCAUCCGAGGACUCUCCGUCUCACCCCGCGGUGUUCGCUCUGCCUGCACUGAGCCUCCAGGAGAAGCGUCGGUGCCACCCCCGGCUGCCACCCGGGCCCACGCUGGGGUCACGCAGGUCGCCACUGGGGCCGAGCGCAUCGCAGCGCAGCUUCUCCCCUUCAGGCUCAGGCCCCGUGCCCGCAGCGAUGGCCCCGUUGGCUGCAGCCCUGCUCUGGGUGCUGCUGCUGCUGCGGCCGCACGGCGCCGGGACAUGGAGACAGCACACCCCACGUCUUCGUGUCACAUACAGAGAGCUGCUGAAGUCCAACAGCUCCCAGUGGCUGCUGGCCCCAGGGGAUGUGCCGGGCUCCCAGGCGCUGCUGCUGGAUGAGGACAGGGCCUGGCUGAUGGUGGGAGCCAAGAACCACAUCAUCCUGCUGCACCUGGAGCAGCCGGGCAGGGAGCCCGAGAAGAUCUCCUGGCCGGCACCCAGGGCGCAGGUGGAGCACUGCCGGCUGGCAGGCAAGGACGUGGAGACCGAGUGUGCCAACUUCAUCCGCCUCCUCCAACCCUACAACAGCAGCCACGUGUUGGCCUGCGGGACCGGCGCCUAUCAGCCCGUCUGCGCCUUCGUGCAGCUGGGAGCCCACGGGAAGGGUCCUGGGGUCCCCGUGAUACGGCUGCUGAGCCACUCCCUUCAGUCGGGGCGAGGCCGGUGCCCGUACAGCCCCCGGCAGCCCUUUGCUGCACUGCUGGUCGAUGGGCAGCUGUACUCGGGUACCUCCAGUGAUUUCAUGGGCAGCAGUGCCGCCUUCUUCCGCACCGAGGUCGGCGGGGCUGAGCGGGGCUACAUCCGCACGGAGCAGCACCAGGACCACUGGCUGCACGAGCCCACGUUCGUCGGUGCCUUUGCCAUCCCCGACACCCACAACCCACACGACGACAAGGUCUACGUCUUCUUCCGUGAGACGGCCCUGGAGGGCGGGCAGUGGGAGCGGCGACACAUCCACGCCAGGGUGGCCCGGGUCUGCAAGAACGACGUCGGAGGGAAGCGUGGCCUCAUCAACCGCUGGAGCACAUUCCUCAAGGCCCGCCUGCUGUGCUCCAUCCCCGGGCCCCAGGGCACGCAGACACACUUUGACCAGUUGGAGGACGUUUUCCUCCUCCACACACGAGACCCCCAGAACCCCCUCGUCUUCGGCCUCUUCACGGCAUCCAGCGCUGUGUUCAGCGGCUCCGCCGUCUGCGUCUACUCCAUGGCUGCAGUCAGAGCAGCCUUCAGCGGCCCCUUCGCGCACAAGGAGGGCUUCGACCACCGCUGGGUGCAGUACAAGGGCCGCGUCCCCUACCCCCGCCCUGGCACGUGCCCCAGCGAGACGUACGACCCACUGCUGCGCUCCACCAAGGACUUCCCCGACGAGGUGAUCAGCUUUGUGCGCGCCCACCAGCUGAUGUGGGAGCCCAUCCGCCCGCUGGGCCGCCGGCCCGUCCUGCUCCGUGCCAACGUUCCCUACCGGCUGCGGCAGCUGCUGGUGCACCGGCUGGAGGCUGAGGGCCGCCACUACGAUGUGCUCUUCCUUGGCACAGAUGAUGGGAAGGUGCUGAAGGUGGGGCUGCCCGGUGAGGUGGGUGCCGAGGCUGUGAGCCUGGAGGAGAUCAGCGUCACCGAGGUGCCUUCACCCAUCCUGGACAUGAAGCUAUCACCGAAGCGGCAGGAGCUGCUGGUGAGCAGCACGCAGGGGCUGCUGCAGCUUUCCCUGUCCCGCUGUGAGCUCUACGGGCCGACCUGCAUGGAUUGCUGCCUGGCCAGAGACCCCUACUGCACGUGGGAUGGCAGUGCCUGCACCCCUCUGCUGCUCACGGAGAAGCGGCGUGCCCGGUGCCAGGACGUGCUGAAGGCCGAUGUGCUCAGCCAGUGCCAGGACACAGCAGAGGGGAUGGCGGCUGUGGAGCAGCCGGUGUUCGGUGUGGAGAAGAACUCCACGUUCCUGGAGUGCCGGGCGCGCUCCCCGCAGACAGCAGUGCGGUGGCUGGCACGGCGCGGAGAGGGGCCGGCGCUGAGCGAGGUGAGGAGCGGCGGGCGCGUGGCGGUGCUGGAGCAGGGGCUGCUGAUCCGCCAGCUGGGCCGGGAGGACGCCGGCACCUACGAGUGCCAGGCUGUGGAGCACUCCUUCUCCCGGCCCCUCACCCGCUACAGCCUGCACGUCAUCCGGCACGAGGCUGCGGAGCCGCCGCAUCGCCGGGGUAAAGGGGCUGAGAGCACCUGGACGGACCCGCGGGCGCUGGGGGCACCGGGCAGCGGCAGCCUCGAAUCCUACUGCAGCGCACUGCGGCUCCGGGAGCGGCAGCGGCAGAAGGCCUGGCAGCAGAAGUGGCAGCACCGCGCCCCCGAGAGCAAGAGCAGCCGUGUGCGCCGGCAGCCCCGCAGGCUGUAGGGGCGCAGAAGCCCUCCUAUAUGACUACCUCAAACUGUGCUGGGACUGCCCACCUCGGCACAGCUCCUGGACGCAAAGCCUGCGUGCCCCGAGGAGCUGAUUCCCAUUUUUCCCUGGCCCGUUCUUAGCAGCAAUAAGGAAGAGAAGAGGCUGAGAAUGGAAAGCAACCGUUCUUGCACGUGGUUUCCGGCAGCACCUGGACCUGUGGUGGGCACAGCGCCCACCCCCAGCACCAUCCCGGGGGGCUGAGGGGUACCCACCUCUCCCACCCCAGCCCACAUCGCUUUUAUGGAUUCCAAAGCCAGAGAGACACCAGGCAGUUAUACCAACUUACAAUUUAUUGUUCUUUAAAAAAAAUGACAUGAAACACAAGUAAAAAUAAAUACAUCAUAUAAACAACAAAUUGUUCCAAGUCUCUGCUCCGGGAGCUCAGGCAAAGCACGGCCCGUUGGACAGAGAGCAGAGGGAAGCACGAGAUCAUGCGUGGGGCACCGACCCACCCGCCCUGCUGGGUGCUCCUCCUUCCAACCACAAAAGACCAGCCACAAACUAAGGCGGUAGUUCAAAACCGAAAGAAUAACCCCAAAAACAACAGGAAAACCGAAGUGAGACUUAUUGAUGCAUUCACUCCGUGGGCUGUGGCGCUGAGCCGGUGCCAUCGUCCCAGCAAAGGGAGCGCAUCCUCCACGGCUGCCAGGAGCCACCGUCCCCACAGCAUCACAUUAUGUUUGUUCCCCUUGUGACCAACCCCCCCCAGCCCCCCCCAGCUCCUCCCCUGCGUGAACACAAUUCAUCCAAGCGCGGCGAGCAACACCAGCUGCGAAGGUAUUGCUGCCCUUUGCCUCUUUUGACCCCUCAAGUGAGAGCGAUGUUCUGGUGGUGCUCAGCUGUUUGCUGCUGUCACUAAGCCAAAAUACAUCAGCAUUUCUAGCCAACACCCCUCUGUUCGCCGGAACCCUCUGCUUUGUGUGUGCAUCUGCAGCCGCCCCCCCCCUCCAGCACCCCGCGGAGCCUACCCUGCCCUUGGGACACCGCCCCAUCGCCCCCCAGCUCUUCCUUAGGGUCUGUAAGAACCCGGGCAGAGCCCUGCAGGGCUGUCCCCAGCGUCACCGCCAGCCCCGCUGCUCCUACCGGUCGCUGGGAGACAGAAAGUCAGCAGCAAAAACAAAGAGAGCGCUGAACCAGGUGGGAAAGUGCCGCUCCAGGCUCAGGGCCAGGCCAGGAGCCCUGCAGCAGAACCACAUGCUGAGGGAGUGGAUGAAGGGUGGGGAUCCCCAGGAGAGGGGCUGCAGGGCUCACAGAGGUCCCUCCGCUCAGGAACAGCCUGCAUAACCCCACGGUGCCGGGAGGAGGAGGGAGGAGUUGGACAGGUGCUGCCCUGCAGGCUGGCAGCAGUGAGGCCACCCCCUGGGCCGGGCUCUGACGGGUGUGGGGAUACGGACCCUCUUCAAGGGGGGGGACCCCGUUGUGCCCAAAGGGGUGCCUGGCAGCGGGGCAGGCGCCUGGCGAGCUGCAGGGAGGCCGCCUGCAGAGCUGCCCCAAGUGCCACCACCUGCAGCGGCCCAGCGGGGACACCUUGGGGACGCAUCUCAGCGUGUCCCAGAGGAGGCCCGGCUGCGGAGGGGCUCCACUGCCACGAUGCUCCCACUCUCCCCACCGGGACCACCCCCUGCUACGCCCCAUCCCCCAAUCCACCAGCACCCACAGCCUCACGGGGACACGGCGGGCAGCGGGGCACGCUGGUAACCAUCAGCGGCACAGGGCUGUGCGCAGGCGGACACACAGAGCACGGGAGGGCACGACUCACAACGCAGCACUGUCACGGCUUUGGAGGAACUUGCAUGAACACCAUCAGUUAAUUUGCUUUGUUACUUUUGUGGGGGGGUUUGAUUUUUAUUUCCAUGGUGCAUCCAAAGACAAGUUGUCCAGCAGUUUGCUCAGAACCCCUCGGUUUUCAACUCCUAGGAUAUGUUAAAGAAGAAAGCACUAUUUUAAUGUUUGUCUUCAAAAAAAAAAAAAAAUUAAAAUAAUUAAAAUAAUUUGCAUAGCUAAACUGUUGAUCUAAGGCUUCUACAAACGGCGUGGUUAUGUUUGACAGACAACGGCCAUUAAACAGAGAAGGACACUAGGAAAGCCCCGGAACAGGUUUUUAUUGUUUCCAUACCACGUCUCCGUCGCGCGCAGCCCUGAUGGGGGACGGCAGC